GUGAAGGAUGCCCAAGAAGGCCACAAACCUGACACCUGGGGCCAGAACUACACUUCCCACCACGCAGCGAGGCAGGAGGAAGAAGGGGCUCUGAGGGCUGGGAAGGAGAGCCAGGAGACAGAGAGCAUUACCGGCUUGCUGGCAGAGGUGAGAGAGCAAGACCGGUCUUUUCUAGGAGGGAAGAGCCAUGCAGUUCUCCAGCUCAACCAGGGCAGCUGAUGAGAACUUCGACUAUUUGUUCAAGAUUAUCCUCAUUGGGGAUUCCAACGUGGGGAAAACGUGUGUGGUACAGCAUUUCAAGUCUGGGGUCUACACCGAGACACAGCAGAAUACGAUUGGGGUAGACUUCACCGUGCGCUCCCUUGAGAUUGAUGGCAAGAAAGUGAAGAUGCAGGUGUGGGACACAGCUGGCCAGGAGCGCUUCCGCACCAUCACCCAAAGCUACUACCGCAGUGCACAUGCGGCCAUCAUCGCCUACGACCUCACCCGGCUGUCCACGUUUGAGUCUGUCCCUCAUUGGAUUCACGAGAUAGAAAAAUAUGGAGCAGCUAACUUGGUCAUUAUGCUGAUCGGGAACAAAUCUGAUCUCUGGGAAAAGCGGCACGUCCUGUUUGAGGAUGCCUGCACUCUGGCUGAGAAAUAUGGCCUCCUUGCUGUUUUGGAGACAUCUGCCAAGGAGUCCAAGAACAUAGAUGAAGUCUUCGUGCUCAUGGCCAGGGAGCUGAUCGCCCGCAACAGCCUGCACCUGUUCAGCGAGGGCACCCUGGGCAGCCUCCCCCUGGACUCCAGCCCAGUUCUGGUGGCCCAGAGUCCAAGUGAGAAGACCCACUGCUCCUGCUAAACAUGCUCACCCGGCCGGCUGGCUCACCAUGGAGGCC